CUGAACCCAAAGGUGUGGCACCUGGGUUGUCCUGAUAACCGGAGAUUCCUCCACAGACCUGUCCUGGGGCGGGGUGGGGAAGAAACAGCCUCCCGACUCCUCCAAAAUGGGGGUCCCCAUUGAACUUGCCCUGCUGAAAGCCAUUUAGUAGGCAAGUGUCUCUCGGGAUCUGCCCCGCCCCGGACGGCUUUCCUCCGACCCCCGUUUUCCAAAAGGACGCAGGGAAGGGAAGCGACGUCCCAGCUUGCGUGUUAACACGCGGCAGAGUGUUUCUCAACUCUCCAAGAGAACCUCGCGUCCUGGAUCGCCGCCUUCAACUCCGCGAAGUCAACAGCCCCGCAGGAAACUUGCGUUACUGCACCCGCUGCCGCAAACCCGGGGCGGUGGACCCGCCGCCGAGCUGGCUCCCGCGGAAGGCGUCCCCUCGGCGACCAGCCCGCCCUCCCCGGGGCACCCCGCGGCACCUGCGGCCUCCGGAACCAUGUCGGGCAGGUCGGUUCGAGCCGAGACCAGGAGCCGGGCCAAAGAUGAUAUCAAGAGGGUCAUGGCGGCUAUCGAGAAAGUGCGCAAAUGGGAGAAGAAGUGGGUGACCGUGGGCGACACGUCCCUGCGAAUCUACAAGUGGGUCCCUGUGACGGAGCCAAAGGUUGACGAUAAAAACAAGAACAAGAAGAAGGGCAAAGAUGAGAAGUGUGGCUCCGAGGUGACCACGCCGGAGAACAGCUCCUCCCCGGGGAUGAUGGACAUGCACGACGACAACAGCAACCAGAGCUCCAUCGCCGACGCCUCGCCCAUCAAGCAGGAGAACAGCAGCAACUCCAGCCCCGCUCCGGAGCCCAACUCGUCCGCGCCCGGCGACGGCACCGGCGCCAAGGCCGACGAGGCCCAGGCCGAGGGGAAGGAGCUCCCUGGGACAGAAGAUGCUUCUGACGAGCCGAACUCCCAGUCUUCAGCGGAAAACUCGAUGAACAGCUCGGAGAAGGUGGAGAGGCAGCCGUCGGCCGAGGCGGGUCUGGCUGCAGAGACGUCCUCAAUCUCUCAGGUACCUCGAUGGAGGCCUCCGAGGGGCAGCCAGAGGGGCCGGGCGCCCGCUGGGGCGCCGGGGGAUUUGGAAGGAGGGCCGCCCUCCAAAAAGAUGAAACUGGAGGCUUCGCAACAAAACUCCGAAGAGAUGUAGACGUGCACCUCAGACUCCGGUCCGAGUUUCACGGGAGACCCGUCAGCCGGCCUACUUCUCCAGCUUCCCCGAGCGAGCCCUCGGGUCGGAACUACUAACUUUCCAAGUUUACCAAGUGCAAAUCCAAGAAAACCUAGAACGGCGCGACUUCUCAGACACUGAAGAACUUUCUGCUGUGAAGCAAAACACUCGAAUCUUGAAGUGACUGUCCUUGUGGAGGCGGGUUGACAGCUCAGGAGUGUCAGACACUGUCUCUGAAGCCAAGAUUACAUUUGCGUUGCUGCUGUAUGUCCCCCCUUCCCCCCCCCCCGCCCACUUCUCUCUCUAAUGAUAUAAGCUAUUUGAGGGUGGUACCCAUCAGGAAUUCGCAUUUCGUCGGGGCUUGUCACUGUUCCACCGAUUCCUCCUGCUUUCUUUUUUGUGCCUUGUGCCCUUGAGGUGACCUCUGGCAUGUUUUCCUGGUUGUUUUGCAUCUCCCUUUGCAAAGUGCCCUCUCGGUUUUGUUGAGGCUGCCACUGCCCCAGCCCUCACAUCUCACUCCUCCCUGCCCUGGGACUUCAGUGGGAACAGAGCAGGCAGGGAGGAGGAGAGCCUGAGGCUGCUGGCGAGUAGGACCUCCUUGGCCACCUGCCCAGCCUGCGGGGUCCGAGGAGUCUCAGAUGUCAGGGCACCGUGUCCCCAAGCGCCAGCCACUUGAUAUGCUCACCUCCUCGGGGCAUCUGAGCCUGGCGUUUCCAAGCGUCCCAAAUGGACGUGCAGAACCCUUAGACUGUUCUGGCGCUUCCACCCUCUGCCCCCACCGCUCUGCUUUCCCCAGCACCGCUGAGGACGGAAUGGCUUCUGUGGCCGACGGCAGGGCGGGCUCACAGUGAUCAAAGGGUUGAGGAGGCGGCCAGCAGACGGCAGGAGUAGCUGGUGCUGAACUUCCUCUCCCAGGACAGGACGUUGCUUGGAUUUCAAAUCCACAAGGAACCUGCCACCCUCUGCCUCUCCAGGUCCCCUGACCCCCACCCUGGGGGUGGGGGGGGGGGCAGGUGCAAGAUUGCAGUCCAGGAAAUCCACCUGCUUCUGCGUCACGUUCCUGACCCCAUGGAGCCAACAGUUGGAUCCCGUCUCAUUCCCAGGACGCCCCAUCGUGGGUCCCCAGCCAGGAGCAGGCCUUGGUGGUUCAGCCUUGGAGGCCAGAGGGAGGAGUUGGACGGCGUUGCCUGCCUCCAGGAAGGGGCAGUUGGACCCCCGUCCCCAUCCCUGCCUGCCUGGGGUAGCUCCCUCUCACCGAAGCGGAGCUGCCCCCUUGGACCAGCGGCCUGAGUGUUUGGUUCUGAGGCCUGGUGGCCCUUAGUUGCUAUGACUUGUCAGACCUGAGCCCUCCCCCCGAGCUUUCUUUACUGCACUGGAGUUCCAGCUCCCUUCGAGUUGUGUGUGGCUGGGGGGAGGGGGCGUCGCGGGGGUUUUGUUGGUUGUUUUCUGUUCGUUUCUUUUUUUUGUUUGUUUGUUUUUUGCUAAUCGGUGCAUAUUCAGGUGCCACCUUUGAUGCGGGGCGGGGGGGGGGGAGGGGGGGGCGCUCUCUCCCUGACCACCACGGAAGUGUCUGCCAGGUUCCACUUUCUACGAGUUUCUGAGGGUGAGGCUCUCGCUUUAUUUUUCUUUGAAGAGAGCCGAUCUAUUUCCUGCACUUCAAGAAGAAUCAAAAUGUUCCUGAAUUUCAAAUACCUCAUGCAAAAAUGUCUCCUGAAAUAAGGGAAAACAAACAGACGAACUUUGGAAAUCUCAACGUUGAAGUGAGCGGUGGCCGAAAAGUUUCUGUCUUAAAAAAACAAAAAAACAAAAUCCUUGUCAGUUUGGCCCCUCGGGCAGUCAGCUCUCCGAGAACCGGGCUGCGCCUACCUCUCAGCGGCUCCCCAGGCGGCGUUACCUCCAGAUCCUGUAGGGUUCGAGUCACGUUUUUCUUUGCAGCAAAACUCCAUUCUGAGGAAAGAUGAAUUUGGGUGUUUAUUUCCUGCUCUUUUCUGGGAAGCGAGAGGUGACAACCAGGACAGCUGAGAGCGCAUCGCGCGCACGGGCGCGCGCGCACCUGUGCGCAUGCGUCCACGGAACCAGCGAGUCGGCCGGGGUCCCCUGCGCCCCUUCUGCUGGCCUGCCCAGACAGGCAAGGGGAGUCGACGCCAUCCACGACGCUGAGGCUGUCGUUGGUUUUUCUCUGAAGUGCCUGAAGGUAGGGACGGGCCCGGCGGUCGGACGGACUGGGCCCCGCCGAGGCCACGCCAGGCAAAGCGCCCGCGGCCCGCACUUGACACUGGCCGGGAAGGCCUUCCACGGCGAACAAUGACACUGCAAAAAUCCAGAUGUGCUUCCUUCCCCGCAGCCCGCUCCUCGGAGCCGCUGUCCCCCAGCCUCCCCGCGCCCGCCCGCCCGCGCCCUGUCCCACCGCAGGAGCCAAAACCUUGCAGCCGGCCGAGCCAGGGUGGGGGUCCCACGCGAAUGCCUUCCGCGGACACCAGGCCCCACGGCCUUAAGGGCUCCCAGGGCAAACUCACCCCCCGAGAAACUUGAAGUUGGGGACGCUGCGGCUACACAUUCCACGAAGUGCUGGCACUUAACACCCAUAACCCGGACGGCAGUUGACCGACGCAUAGGGUGGUGACCUCCUGUUACAGACGACGUCAUGGUUUGGAAUGUUCGUUAUGGCCAAGGACCUGGUUAGAGGUAUAAAGACUUGUUCACAUUAUCUAAUUUUUUUUCCUCUUAUGUUUUUUUUUUUUUUUUUGGUGUGUUGUACAGCAGUAUAAUUUUUCACUUAUUUAUUCCAUCAGUAGAUAUGGUUUGUACAAUGUACAAUGGUUCCAUUGCAGAAAAUAAAAAACUUUCCGAUCAUGAA